CAUUAAAAACUCAUCACACUUCUUUUAGCUCCAUCGAUCUCUCUAUAGGCUUCUUCAUUAUAAAAAAAAAACACUAAAGAUGUCUUUCGUUGCAAACUUGGUCAUCAAGAGCUUUGACCGUGCUUCCACGGUAUGUGUUGAAGAUGUGGUGGAUAGUUUUCGAGUAGCAUAUGUUGAGAAUGGUGGUGAUGACGAUGACAGUGGCUACGAUUAUGCUCCUGCUGCGUGAUUGCCCGCUACUCCGCUGUUACUAUAUAAAUGUAAUUUAGGAGGGGAAAGGAGAGAGAAAGAGAUUAUAAGGUGUUUUAGAUAUCUAGCUAGGCCAUGUAUGUUAUGUACUAGAUAGUGUGGUGAGUUUUCUUGUAGAUGUAACAUACCCAUGACGGUAGUAGCAAAAUCAUCUCUUCCUUAACCAUAUUCACUUUCUUUUCUCUUAAGUUUGGAAAUUAGUUUAACGUUUCAUUAUACUAAACGAUAUUUUUAGUUCCCUGAAUUUUACUUGUGUUGGUGUUUUCUCAUAGAUUUUGUGUGGUGGUUUAGUAUUCACUUUAUUCAUUUAUGCUACAUUCAAUUUUUUAACCGAAGAAAGCCGAAUCUAAAGUGUAAUCGAACAGGUUAUUUUUCAAGAUUUGAACUUGUGAAGUAAUUUUUUUUUGUAUGAAUGUAAAAUUGUAUUCAUAAAAAAAAAACGUUUGUACAAUGAAUGCGUCUUAAGAGUUGAAAAAGAGCUGAAAAAAAACUCAUAACAUUUUAAAGAAUCUAAGGGCUACGGGUAGAGAACCAAUAACAGAGACCCUCCGCGCAUAAGCCGAAUUUUCCGAGAGUUGAAGAGAGCUGAACCGGUUUAUAACGUUUUUAUCAAUGAUGCGCACAAGUUGGGUUGGUGAAGUAGGUAAUUCUCCGUGACGCCUACCAUUGCGUUCUCGCCACAAACAAUAUAUUGAGGUUUGGAACACAUACCGAAGAGUGAAAGUAUUUUACAUUUGGAAAUUAGAUGGAAAUCAAGCUUGCUACACAUGUAUUUACUUAACCAAUUUUCUAAUUAUCUGUUAGAUAAUAAUCUUCUUUGGUUCACCAAGUUCUCUAAUCUUAAGCUUAGUUUAAAUUUGUUUCAUGAAUAUAUUAACUUUAGGCAUAACUCAUACCAAAAGCUAGUUCUAAGGAAAAAA